AUGGAUCUCGCAAUUAAAAAACAGAUGAAUACUGCCGGAUAUAUUGAGCGCUUCUGGGACAAUUUAAUUAAAGUCGGCAAGGACAAAAUGACACGCACGUAUCUCACCACGCGCCUUGAGUUGCUCGAGUCAUAUUGGACGCGCUUCCUGGAUGCCAUCCUCUCUUUCGAGAAAAUAGACUCUUCGGAUUAUAUGCGGCAGGACGUUUACGCGGUGACCGAGGAUAAUUACGUAGCCACGAAGUCGCGUAUCACUUCCUUUAUGCCGACGACGAGAUCCGCGGACGGGCAAAGUGCCGCAAGUUCAGUGUUGCGCCAGAUCCAGCUGCCGAAGAUAAGCUUGCCGAGGUUUGACGGCGAUCAGCUAGCCUGGGAAGGCUUCCGAGACCUCUUCAAGUCGCUGGUCCAUGACGUGGAGGGACUCACUCCCUCGCAGAAGCUGCAGUAUCUGAAGGCCAGCCUAAGCGAGGACGCGGAGGCCGCCGUCGCCAAUAUCGAAAUCUCUUCCGACGGAUACGCGCUGGCGUGGGAUGAACUCGUGACGCGCUACGAUAACCGGCGAGUCCUCUUGGCGACUCACAUGCGCGUGCUACUCUCUGCCGCGCCGGUAACCAAGCCGUCAUCAGCGGAAAUCAACCGCCUGAUUAGCGCGGUCAACCGGGCUUCGCGCUCCUUCAGGGCAAUGGGCCGCCCAGUGGAGCACUGGGACGACUGGUUCGUCCAUAUUCUGGUCGAGAAGCUGGAUCCCGCCACCAGGCUAUUAUGGGAAAGCCAUCGAUCGAGUCGGGACUUUCCUAAUUUCGAGGAGCUCAAGGCGUUCCUCCUCACGCGGGCUCAUGCGUUGGAUGCCUCUAAUCUGCGGACGCCGAUGACUUCCAGCUCCGCUUCGAAACAGAAGCGUACGGGCCGCAAGGACGACGUCGCGUCUCACGCCAUGGCCGCGAGUGACCACAAGGGCACGCCGUGCCCCCUGUGCAGAGAGCAACAUCACAUGCGCUCCUGCCCGAGAUUCAAGACAUACUCGACGGAGCAACGCCGCGAGCAAGUGCGCAAAAGGAAGGCCUGCUUCAACUGCUUGGGACAGGGUCACGCCGCCGGAGCUUGCCCUUCAAUUCACCGCUGUCGCCACUGCCAGGAGAAGCAUCAUACGCUUCUGCACACAGAGCCGGAGACGACGCCACAACCUGCCGCUUGGGAAAAAACGGCAUCAGACGACUCCGCCGACAAACUGAGUAACGUGGAGACGUCCAAGGUCUCCGCCUUGACCAGCUCUAUCUCCACCACAGUGCUCCUCGCGACCGCGGUUAUUCGAGUGUUUGGUGAAUCGGGCCGAUCGUUGACAGUGCGCGCUCUCCUGGACUCAGGAUCGGAGGCGUCCUUCAUCUCGGAACGCGUAGCCCAGCAGCUGAGACUACCCUGCCGACGAGUGAACGUGACGGUUUCCGGACUUCAGGGCGCGACGACCGGGCGAGUGACUCACGCAGUAUCGAUGGAGAUCGGCACGGAGCGACCGCCAACAGUACGGAUCACCCUGCCGAAGGCGCUGGUCCUGCCUCGGCUCACCGCCCUCACACCAGGGAAACACAUUCCGAGAGGAGAAUGGCCGCACCUGCGGGGCCUCAUGCUUGCCGACCCGGCCUUCGACAAACCGGCGGCAGUCGACGCCGUCCUAGGCGCCGAUAUCUACGGCGUACUGCUCGACGGAGGAGUCAAGCGUGGACAGCCGGGGAACCAGCCGCUCACUCUACCGUCUUCGGUUGGGUGCUGA